CGCCGAUGAGACAAGGUCAGCUAGUUCUAGGGAGGCCAAGGCCUAGGUGGUGUUAACGCCACCUAGGCCUAGCAGUGCAUCGUGGUGGUCAUCGUUGUUUAUGAAAGAUAGUGAAAAUGUUGACCAAGCACAAGUCAAUGAUUCUAUACAACCACCAGAUACUGUAGUAAGAAGAUUGAUCAAGAAUCUGUUGUUUCCGACACUGAAAGCUUUGUUAUAUCACCACCAGAUGGUUAGAAGAUUGAUCAAGAAUCGGUUGUUUCAGACAUUGAUACCUUUCUUAGAUCUUCUCCAGAUAGUGAAAAUGUUGACCAAGCACCAGUCAGUGAUUCUAUACAACCACCAGGUUCUAAACAAAAAAACAAACCCCACAGACCAUUUCUGUUUUGUGGAGUUCUUCAAAGUAGACUCAGCAGGCACAUGUUGACUAAACACAAAGAUACCCCUGACAUUGUACAUGCUUUAAAACUUCCUGAAAAAGAAAAAUUAAAGGUCUUAACAAAGCUAAGGUUACAAGGAAUUUACAAGCACAAUGAACACUUAAUAAAGAGUGGUAAGACCUCAGAGUUGAUGACCCAGAGAAAGCUAAACAAAGAGACACCCCUUGUAGUUUGCAGUUGCUGUAAAGGGUACUAUAGCAGACGUUUUUUGGCACCACAAAAAAGCAUGCAACAAAGAUUGAAUUGAAAUGGCAUCACUGUUACCAACCUCCCUCUUUAGACCCCUACCCAGUUUUGUCUCUGAUGAAUUUAAAUUCCAAAUUUUGAGAAGAUUUUGUGAUGGUGAGAUUGGAUCUUGCUGCAGAGAAGAUCCAAUUAUUUGCCUGUUUGGGAAAACGCUCUACACAAAAAUGAAAAGAAAACAAGAUAAACAUAUUGAGGUACUGAAAUCAGUGAUGUCAGAUAUAAGGAAGGUUGCUACUCUAUACCUUGAGUUUAAAAAUAUUCUGCCAAUAUCCAGGAACAGGCAUCUAGCAAAAUAUUUUUAAGUAUGCGCAAAACAUGCUUGCAUCUGUCCAAAGACCUUUUAAAUAAAAUCAUUACUACUGUAUGUAUUUAUUGUAUGGAAUAUCAAUUUUUGUUUUUGUUUAUUAAUAAUUUGCUAGGCAUUAACAAUUACUCUUUAGUUAUUUAUUAAAAGAAAUAUACAAUUAUUUUUAAUAAUCAUUAUUAUUAAUUAUGACACACAAAUUACCUGAUCAUUUUCUUAGGGGUCAAACUGCAAGUAUUUUACUUAGUUGUUUAGGCUUAUAAUUAAAACAAGUAAUUUAAAAUGAAACUUUUUUUUCAAUUAUGUGGUUCACAACAGCACCAAGUAAGGUGCUGAUUGAUAGAUACUGUACAUAGUUUAAGGUAAUGUGUAGUGAAGUGGAAAUGGAUAAACAGUGGGAGUAAAGAAAUUGGUUGAAAACAACCAUAACAGAGUAUUGCCUAGGUUUUAUUUUUUCUUAACCAAGACCUUUGAUCCUUGAAAUUCAUGACCAUCACUAAUCUGCUCAGAAGGGGAAAAAAGCUCAAUGUCUUUUCUAUAUAUGGGCAAUAUUGUGGUUUGAACUAGUUGACCUCUGUGUAAAAUAACACAGCAGGUAAUAUAUAUAUAUGAUAUUGAAGGAAGUUAGCCGUAAACACUGUUGCAAUGCCUCUUGAGGCAUAGCAUUGUGUAAUACAAUGUUCCAGACGGGUAUUUGGACCUGUUCAACC